AUGACGUGCAUUUAUCACAACUCUUUCACUUUGAAAAUGAAGGUUAAAGUGGGUCAAAUUGUCAGUGAAUCUUCAGAAAUUUCAGCAGUGCUGGCAACACUACCUUCAACCAAUCCCUCCCCCUCAUUGUGUCUCCCAGCUCUACUGUCUGUACUAGGGUCUGUACAGGAUGCAUUCUUGUCUCUGUCCCGUACUGAGCCAGUGAACGUAUCCCCCCACCCCACCCCACCCCACCCCGCCUAUCCACUCCUCUCCCAGUCAUUCCCAGCCAUUCCAUUCCCAACCACUCCUCCCCCAGCCAUUCCCAGACACAGCCCUCCCAGCAAUUACCAGCCAUUCCUCUCUCAACCAUUACCAGUUACUCCUCUCCCAGUCAAUUCCAGACACUCCCCUAACAGCCAUUCCCAGCCACUCCUCUCCCAGUCUCUCCCAGCUACUUCUCCCUCAGCCAUUCCCAGCAACUCCUUCCCUAGUCAUUCCCAGCCACUCCUUUCCCAGCCACUUCUCUCCCAGCCACUAAUCCCCCAGUUAUUCCCAGCUACUCAUCCCCCAUCAUUCCCAGCCAUUCCUUUCCCAGCCACUUCUCUCCCAGCCACUCCUCCGCCAGCCAUUCCCAGACACUGUCCUCCCAGCCGUUACCAGCCAUUCCUCUCCCAACCAUUACCAGAUACUCCUCUCGCAGCCAAUUCCAGACACUCCCCUAACAGCCAUUCCCAGCCACUCCUCUCCCAGCCAUUCCUAACCAAUGCCCUCACAGUCUCUCCCAUCCCCAUCUCCCCCAGCCAUUUCCACCCACUGCCCUCCCUGCCUCUCAAAGCCACUCCUACCCCGGACACACAAAGGCUCUCCCAGCCAUUCCCAGCCUCUCCUAGCCACUCCCAGCUUCUCUCCCAGCUAUUCCCAGCCAUUCCCAUCUCAGCCAUUCCCAGCCACUCAAGAUUCAGCUAUUCCCAGUCACUCCUCUCCCAGACAUUCCCAGCUACACCCCUUUCAGCUAUUCCCAACUCCUUCACCCCCAGUCAUUCUCAGCCAGUCCCCUCCCAGCCUCUCCUCCCCCAGCCAUCCCCAGCCGCUCCAUUCCCAGCCACUCCUCCCACAGCCAUUCCCAGCCUCUCCCAGUCGCUCCUCUCCCAGCCAUUCCUUGUUACUCCUCUUCCAGCCAAUGCCAGCCAUUCCUCUCACAGCCAUUCCCAGCCACUCCUCUCCCAGCCAUUGCUAACCACUCCUCUCCCAGACACUUCUACUCCAGCCAUUCCCAGCCACUCCCCUCCCUGCCCCUCCCAGCCAUUCUUCCCCCAACCAUUCCCAGCCUCUCUUAGCCACUCCUCUCCCAACCAUUCCCAGCCACUCCUUUCCCAGCCAUUCAUAGCCAAUCCCAGCCACUACUUUCCCAGCCAUUCCCAGUUACUUAUCUCCCCGGCAGUCCUCUCCCAUGCAGUCAUUCCCAGCAACACAUCUCCCAGCCUCUUCGAGCCAAUCCCAGCCAUUCCCAGCCACUCCUCUCCCAGCCAUUCCUCUCCCAGCUAUUGCCAGCCAUCCCUCUACUAG